CAUAACAACUAUCUAGCCUUAAUUAGAAUUCAAAUAUUCUGGAUGGGUAGCCAAAUGAAGAAGCAGUGGCCUCAAUUUGCUUGUGCUUUGACAUUUUUCUUGAUUGCCACUUCUACUAUGGCAUACUCACCUUAUUCUUAUGAAUCAACGGAUACAACAUACAAUAAAGUACCUACUACAGUAGCCAAAAGUGAGGAAUUCAAGGUACCCUCAGUGCCAAAGAAUGAUUACUACAAGAAGCUAUUAGUUUCAGAAGAUAACUACAAGAAAGUACCCUCAAUUCCUGAACAGGAAUACAAGGUGCCCUAUGUGCCUAAACAUGAAUAUAAGGUGUCAUCUUUGCCAAAGAAUGAUUACUACAAGAAGCCAUCAAGUCCGGAAGAUAACUACAAGAAGGUGUCAUAUGUUCCAAAGAUACCCUCAGCACCUAAACAGGAAUACAAGGUGCCUUCUUUGCCAAAGGAUGACUAUUACAAGAAACCAUCAGUUCAAGAAGAUAACUACAAGAAGGUGUCAUCUAUUCCAGAGGUACCCUCUGUACCUAAACAAGAAUACACGGUGCCUUCUUUGCCAAAGAAUGGCUAUUACAAGAAACCAUCAGUUCCAGAAGAUAACUACAAGAAGGUGUCAUAUGUUUCAGAGGUACCCUCAGUACCUAAACUAGAAUAUAAGGUGUCAUUUUUGCCAAAGGAUGACUAUUACAAGAAACCAUCAGUUUCAGAAGAUAAUUACAAGAAGGUGUCAUUGGGUUUAGAGGUACCCUCAGCACCUAAACAUGAAUACAAGGUGCCUUCUUUUCCAAAGAAUGACUAUUACAAGAAACCAUUAGUUCAAGAAGAUAACUACAAGAAGGUGUCAUAUGUUCCAGAGGUACCCUCAGUACCUAAACAAGAAUACGAGGUGCCUUCUUUGCCAAAGAAUGACUAUUACAAGAAACCAUCAGUUCCAGAAGAUAACUACAAGAAGGUGUCAUCUGUUCCAGAGGUACCCUCAGUACCUAAACCAGAAUACAAGGUGCCUUCUUUGCCAAAAAAUGACUAUUAUAAGAAACCAUCAGUUCCAGAAGAUAACUACAAGAAGGUGUCAUUUGUUCCAGAGGUACCCUCAGUACCUAAACAAGAAUACAAGGUGUCUUCUUUGCCAAAGAAUGACUAUUACAAGAAACCAGCUCCAGAAGAUAACUACAAGAAGGUCCCAUCUAUUCCAGAGGUACCCUUAGUGCCUAAAUCAGAAUACAAGGUGCCUUCUUUUCCAAAAAAUGACUACUUCAAGAAACCAUCACCUUCUCCAUCACCACCUCCUCCUUACUACCAUGAAUCAUCUUCAACUCCUUCCCCAUCACCACCACCUCCAUAUUAUUAAAUUUUCAUCUUUCACAUGUUCAACAUGUUUCAAGGAAAUCCCUCUUCAGGUGAACCUACAUAACCAAAAUGGUUCUCAUAUUAUGAGUUGAACGCAUUCGUAAUCUUUAUUUGUUGUUUUUUUUUUCUUUUUCCGACCUUAACUUGGGUUGCAAUUGUCUUGUCAUUUCAUUAACUUUUAUUGUAUUUUGUAUGUUUCCACAUAAUUGUUCAAUUGAAUAUUAUGAGU